AUGAGCACCCCACCCGAGGCCCUGAGCCUCCCCGAGGGCUGGACGCUCACUCCCAUCACCGUGGGCCCCGACAUGCCCUACUCCGCCCACGGGAAGCACGAAAAGUUCUUGCACGCCAUCUGGUCCCUGUUGGGCGUCGGCUGCAAGACCGAGUGCGUGGGCGCGAUCGCCAAGCACCUCGUCCCGGAGGAGGUCCAGCUCCCCGGCGAAAGCCGGGUGGCCGAGUGCCUGGGGGUGCUGGUCUGGUUCGGGCUGCCGGCGGUGCACCGGGCCUUCGAGACAUCGAAACCCGCGUACGGCGUCAUCCGCACCGGGAACGAGAUCCGGCUGUACCGCGAGGUGGCCGGCGAGGUGCCCCCGCUGCCACCCCUCGACGAUCCCCAUUUCCCCUCCAAGCAAGAGCCUCCGCGCACCAUCUACCAGUACGAGUUCCACGGCCGCAAGGCCUUCGACUGGAUCGCGGACAAGCCGCGCAUCAGCCAGUGGGCCCAGAUGGUCGAGAACGAUCCGUCCUUUGCGACGACCGAUGUCGACGUGGUGCUCAACGGCGCCAAAGUGCCUAGGGGGGAGCUACCGCUGCCUCUCCCUCAGGCCGAUGACCUUAGUGCCAUUUACUAUGGGGGCUAUGGUUCAGAUAUCCGGGAGAGGAUGAAGGAGUUGUGCAAGCGUAGGGCUGCAAUGAAAGCUGCGGCUGCUGCUGCGGCUGCUGCGGCUGGUUUUGAUGGUGCUGGUUCUAAUGGGGCUGGUGCCAAUGGGGCUGGUGCUAAGGAAGCCGAUGUCAGCUUUAGAAGCAAGUCUAUGUAA